AUGCUGAUGAUGAUGGCAAAAACAGAUUUAAACGUGGUUGUAACAUCAUUAAACAUUCCACAAAAACUUCGGUCCCGUGUGGUCUCUGAUUUGGCGAAACAAUUUAUGAAAGCAAAACCAGUGGUUGAAAGAGAGUUGAAUGAACAAAAAAAGGAAGAAAGAAAGAUGCCCACAACUAGGGAAUUUUCAUAA